CAUCGGAGAGCACAAUGAGAGAGACAUUGACAGUCUGUAGGUCACCUCUGAACUCCAAGUCUGCUGCGUUUAGAGUUUUAUGUUUCUGCGAUAGGCUACUAAGACAAAUGCUAUACAUGGAACCCCGGACGUCAAGACUUAUUCAGCCUUAUCUGAUGACUCCUACAGCACCCGUCACGGCCAUCAUUGCUAUAAUGGCAUUGAUGCAACUUUUAUGCUGUGUGAUAGUUGGAUUGCAUCUUACAGGGCAUUUUCAGGUGCAUGGGGUGGAAAGGAGCCCAGCUGUGGGAGAGAUUCCAACUGAACCCCAGCAGAAUCAGCAUCAGUCCAGAAUCCCUAAAAGGCAAAGGAGCAGGACCCCAGUGGCCCACCUGCCCAUAAAACCUCCAAGCUCAAACGGCCAGCGAGAUGUCCACGCCACCAUAGUCCACUGGAGUGCUGACCGAGGUCACCUUGCCCAGCUUCAGUACCAUGAUGGGCGGAUUCUGUUCCGAAAGCCCGGUCAGUACUACGUGUACGCCCAAACCUGCUUUCGCUUCUACAAUGAGCCAGAGGUGAGCCUUCCGUCUCGUCCGGAGUCCUCCAACCUGGGCCAUCACGCGCUGCCCUCUCCCAGCCCGGUCCAGUUGAUCCAGUACAUUUUCCUGGAACGGCCCAAUCGUGGUUCCCCCCUCCGAUCGAGUGUGGUCAUGAAGACCGGUAGCACACACCGCUGGAGGCCCAGUGGCUAUCACAUGUCCUGCCAGCACCAGGGAGGCGUCGUGGCUCUGCGAGCAGGAGAUGGCCUCUACGUCAGCGUUUCCAAUGCCUGGAUGCUGGACCCUGAGGCAGAGGGCAGUUACUUUGGGGCGUUCAGGAUAGCCGAGUGAAGUGCGUAGCUGGGCGGAGGACAGACGGAACUGAGAGGAAACUGGACGUCUGGUCUGGACAUGUGCUGAUCCUUGUGAUGUGUAUGACUCCAACUUGAUUGCAUAAUGACAGUGGUAUCGAGAGACUGUAUGGAUAAACUGUGUGUGUGUGUGUGUGUGUGUGUGUGUGUGUGUGUGUGUGUGUGUGUCUGUCUGUGUCUGUGUGUUUGUGUGUGUGUGUGUGGUCCUUGAAUGUGUUUUGUAAUGGAGCCUUGUUUCACACCACAGCCUAUAUAGUUUAGCUCAUAGUUUAGCUAUUCUUAAGAUCACAAGGAAAAAAGGAUUUGUAUAACAAAAACAUAGACCAACCAUGCAGAGGACAUGAAUGGAGAGCUACAGAGCUUGCCACUGGCCUGGAGAUCGGGUUUUGUAGAAUGUAUGUACAUUUUGUAGAAUGUAUGUACAUUUUGUAGAAUGUAUGUAAGCUACAUGUCAGAGAACAUUAGUAUUGACCUUCAUCUGAUGAAAGUCAGAAAUCUGUGGUAUGUACUGUAGUUAGCUUUUGUCUUCAGUCUUAAUUUAUUUAGUUUGCUUUACCAUAAACUAGACACAAAUGAGUUUAAGAUGUGCUUUGUUCCCUUAAUUGUAAACAUCUGUACUCAGGGCUAAAGGAGUAAAUAAUGAAGUGUGGUAGAGAGUCUGCUACCACCAGUAACAGACACAACAUAAAUAUAAACAUCUGAUUAAACAUUUAGCAUUAAACUUCACUCAAGGUCUUUAAGGAAUCCACAGUGUUGACGUGUAGUUGGAAACAACCUGUUUCCCAGAUGACAUGCCGAGAAGAACUGUUUUUCUCAAAGAGGAGGCGAUGUCAGCAGAUCUGUGCAAGUUGGAUGCCGUAAAACAUGAGUAAGCGUUCAGGGGUUGGCUUUUACAGGACAACUGCACUAAGCAAAAAGCAGUUCUUUUAAAUCAGAUCCGGAGUGUUUGGAGGCCAUUACACAAUCAUCAUGGCGGGUCUUGCUAAAGUUUCGCUGGUCUGCCUGUCGAAUCUUGCAGGGGUGCUUCUUGAGUUGUUUUUGUUAGUGAUUUGUAGAGCUUCAGUGAUGGCAUUGACGUUUUAAAAUUAUCCUGUUGCGAUGUAGUUAUUUUUUGUUG